AUGUCUAUUUUAAAGUUAUCUAAUUUAUUACUAUUAAAUAUUAUAUCAGAGAUUGAUGAUAAUGUAGAUAUAAUAUGUUUAUUGUUAACUUGUAAAAAGUUGUAUCAUCAUAAUAGUAAUAGUUCGAUCUUUUUAUAUCAAAAUAGUAGUAGGUUAAAAAGAUCGAUACAGUUUAAAGGAAUAGAACCUAUCGAUAUUGAUAAAGGAGAUAUAUCAUUAAAGUUUAUAGAAACAGUUAAUCAAUUCAACUUAUUAUCAUUUAAAGAUAUAUUAGAGAAUAGUAUAUCAAAUCAACAUGUAAUACUUGUAAAAGAAGAUGAUAAAGAAGAAGAGGACUAUCCAUUAUGGAUACAAGAUCGUAUCUAUUACACAAAUAAUAGAGUAGAUAAAAGUAGUAGCAUUACAACAGCUUGGGUGGAAGAAUAUAAACCUAAAUCAUUAGAUUCUAAUCUACUCUACAAGAUACCAUCAAUCGAGACACUAUUCAUCUACCAUAGUAGAGUAGAUCUUGGAUCAAUCUCAUUGUUACCCAAUCUUCAAAGACUAUCGGUUCGAGGAAAUACAUUAAACCAACUUGGUCCACACUCGUCACUCAAAUCACUUACUCUAGAUAUCUACGCUAGUUACACUGCAAGAGAAUUGGCACUUGAUCAAUUUGUAUCAUUGACAGAGUUGACAUUAAAUGGUUACAGUGUGUCUGGUAUAGGACCAGGUGUCUUGCCAAGCAGUCUAACGUCACUUACUUUGACACUGACAGGGUUUCCCCCAAGAGAUACAUUCAUUGCAUUAACCUCGCUUGUGUACCUCGAAAUUCAUGUGGAAGGAGAUGAACAAGAAGAGGAAGAGAAACUAUUCAUCGAUCUCGAAACUCUAAACAAUCUAAAGACAUUUGAUUAUAAUGAAAAUUGGUACGAAAAAGAUUGUAUCAUCGAGAUUAGUGUACCUCCCUCAAUCGUCAUUCUCUAUCUUUGGUCUGAAAAUGUACAAAUAGCACAACAACAAUGUACAACUAUAAUGCCUGUAUUGGAGAAACUAUAUCUUUUAGAAAGUUUAUUAACUGGUGGUAAAAUCAAUCUCCAAUUACAAUGUCCAUCACUAAAGAAACUUUGUAUUUAUGAUUGCCAAAAUACGAUUCCAUCCAAUCUAAUCCCACCUACUUUGGAAAAGUUAUCAAUUCACAACAACUCAUCAAAUGAUAUACUCGACCAAUUUGUAUACCCACCAUCACUCACUCAUCUAUCUAUUAUUGGAGACUCUUGCGACCAGUAUGCUAAAUCGUUGUCUGGAUCACUUGUCAAAUUAAAGAGUGCGCUCACCACAUCUUUUCUUUCUUCACCAUCAUUUACUCGACAUGAUCAAUUAAAAAAAUUGGUUUGGAUUUAUGGAUACGGUGGUCAAGGUGAUGAUUUGGACUUGUCACAAUCCAAUCUUGAAACGAUCGAUCUCACUUAUAUGCAAGGCUUUUUAACCGUCUCCAUACCACCAAGUACAAAAUACCUAACAAUAUUCUUGCUUCAAAAACAUCAACCAGACAUUCCAAUCUUUUCAAUCUUGGAUAGAAUUACCAAACCCAAAGAAGAUCAAUCACAACAACAACAGGAACAAUGGUUACCAAUCAAUACAACACAUCUAACUUGUGAAAUGUCUUGUUCACAAGCAAAAUGGUCAUUUAGAUUAGAUGAAAUAAUCAAUCAUACCAAUAUUAGAUAUUUAUCUUUUUCAAUGGCCAACACUACCUUUUUACAAUUUUCAAUUCAAAGAUUAGACAGUGACAAUACGAAUGUAUUGGUGUUGGAAAGACAAUCACUUCUAGGUGGAAUUAUCACUCAGAAAAGUAAAACAAACCUCCAACAACAGGAUGUUCCCAUUUAUUUAAAUUUUGAUAACAGAGCUGUUAAUUGGAGUUUUAAUACUUUAAAUGCCAAAAUCAUUUCAAAUAAAUAA